AAAGUCGCAAGCAACAAAACACACUCUCUUGCAUCUUCGAUUCUACCCAGCUGAGACCGGUCUGGACUGGUCGAUUGACGUUCAUUUGGAAAAUGUUCUUGCAGUCUGCCUUAGCGCUCUCCCUGGCGCUGCCCUCUCUUUCCACCGCUGCAAGACUCUUUGCAACCCACUACGAUGGCAACGUCUACGCUCUCAACUUGGAGGGGGAAGGCGAUACGUUCUCGCUCACGAAGAGCUACAACGAGACUACAUGCGGCGGUGCCGGCUCAACGAGUGCACUGACAGUCGACUCUGCCCGCGGGCUCCUAUGGUGCGUUGGUGAAGGAACGCCCGGAGCAUUGACCGCCUUGCAGGUCGAGAAGGACGGGAGGUUCGUCAAGUCCGUGACGGUAGAGACACCUCCGGGCGGUGUCGAUAGUGUCCUGUACGGAAAGGACAACCAGUUCCUCGCGAUAGCGCAUUAGUAUGUUCGAUCCUGUGAUGCUGCAUUCAAUACUGACCACGGAACAUAGUGGCAACUCCUCCAUCUCACUCUUCAACAUCCCCUUCGCAGACAAAGGAAAACCGGCACCCUUCGACGUGGUGAAGUUGCCCCAGCCCACAAAUGUCACCGAAAAACAGCCCAAGUCGCAACCGCAUCAGGUGCUUCUCGACCCCACUGGAUCGUUCCUCCUGUCACCAGAUUUGGGAUCCGAUGUGAUGCACGUGUUUGCCAUUGACCAGGAGUCGGGGAAACUGAACAAGUGCGGAUCCAAUUCGACGAUCUACUAUGAUAAGGGAAGCGGGCCGCGUCAUGGAGUGUUUGUGACCUCGAGUGAAGGUCACCACGCACGGCUGGCCAGAAGCCCGCAUAGGGAGCGGCCCACGAGGCGCCACGGAGAAAAGACGACGUUGUAUACCGUGGAAGAACUCCGCGGCGAUGUGUGUUCGUUCGAUGUGUCAUAUGUGAAGAACGGGUGCCCCGUGUUCAAGCCCUUGUCGGCGUGCUUCCGCCCUUACCCCGGCUCAAACUUUCCCUCGAAUCAAACGACAUUAGGUGAAAUCCGGGCAGCGGGGCCGACUCUACAUAUCUCGGUCCGCAAGGAUGGUCAAUUUGAUGGAAAUGACUCCCUGGUGACGUUGAAACCCGGCCAGAAGACGGUAACCGACGACGACCUGUUUUCGUCCGGUGGCAAGACCCCGCGCAGCUUCGUGAUCAACAAGAAGGGGGAUCUGGUCGCGGUGGGUAAUCAAGAUUCGUCCACGGUAGUCAUCAUCAAGAGGGACCCACAGACUGGAAAGCUGCUCAAUGAAGUCGCCUCUCUGCUGGUUGGCGAGGCGCCUGCCGAGGGAUCCUGGGGUGGCUUGAGUAGCAUCGUGUGGUACGAGUAGAUGCCUGUAAUUGGAUACGUGUAUGGUAUACAUGAUAUCUUGACCAUUCGUACUUCCGGAUAGAAAACGCGCCUGUCAGCCUCAUAUGUCUUGAUGUAUGUCUUUGAAUAUCAUUCCAAAUGCAGAUCUUGCGACUCAUUCAAAUACAGAGUGUAACAGAACACCAAAAUGCCACCGUAAGUGUAUAUAGACCGCCCAGCGAUGUUAUAAACACAACCACACCAAAUUUGCAAAUUCAAACAAAAACGAAA